AACGGAUCACGUGUAUUCGCCAAACUCUUACUUAUUGUGUUGCCAAAUAAACGUGUAAAGCCGGAGUCUACAUAUACACGAGCUCGAGUAAACAACUAUUUAUGGAAAUAGCAUUAACCAUAUUUCUAUAAUUAGAUAAACAACGCCACUGGUAAUAAUGAGCAAUUCAAAAAAGCACCAUUGUGUUUUAAUAGUGCUUUUAAUGAUUACGUGUAUGUGUGAUGGAGAACCAUUGACCAGAAAUAUCAAUAGUGACCAUGAUCCAGGCAUCGCUGUUAUAAAGAACUCACAUCCGAUGCUAGCUUCUUUGUUCACAGAAGCUAACAACGUCUCCGAUCGGACAAACAAUUCUGGCUUCGGUUCGUCAAUGCCCGAAACAGCAAAUAAACAACAAAUAGCUAAUUUAGCUAAUGUGACAAAUGGUCAAGAAUCUGCUAUCGGUGAUUUGCCUGAAUUCUCUGUGAAGCGUGCAGAUCACAACAUACAAAGGAAUGCAUAAACAAGUUAUGCUUGAACACUGCCCUUCAAAGGACCAGCUCUCCAUCAGAAGUCGUGCCUCUCGCCAUUCCUAUGGGUGGAUUUGAACAACAUUUAAUUGGAUCUGGCUCGCCUGUACGUCUCGAUACCUCUGUACUGCUGAAUGAUUCGACAAAAAUGAGUACACAAUCACCAGAUAGUGUUUCCGGAACUAAUAAGGCAAAUGCACUGGAUGGUAAACCAACAUCAAACCAACCAGAUACGGCAUCUUUAGACAGAAAAGUGCAUGAGAGUAAUUCUCAUAUGGAAGUCAUCGUCGCGCAGGCUUCACAAUCAGAGGCCGCUGCAAAGGUUACGCAAAUGAUGGGAGGCCCGCAUGAUGUUCCUGUUGUAAACUCGCCAUCGAUCGAUGUAAAUGAUACACACAUUAACAUUCCUAGAGCUCACGACAUAUUCACGACACAAACAGAAACGGAAGAUUCAGUUGUGGUCAGUCAUCCGGUGGAUCAAACAUUGGAGCUACAAGUACUAAAUCUUCUGUCAGGACAGCAAGGAUUUAACGCAACCGAUGGUGCACACUCUGCUGCAAUUCUUGACCAAAAUGUUACAACAAGCACACCAAGUCCAACAAUUCCACCAAGACGAAAUGCUGAGCUGCAAAACUUUGGAAAGAACUUUCUUUCGGGACUAAAGAGUAGUCUACGAUCUAAAUCGUAAUACCUAACCAAAUACUGCUUUUAUUAAGAAAGUAACGUAAAAAGAUGAUAUUUUUAAUGUUUAAUAUUGUUCUCCCCUGAGGCGGAGAUGUUCGUGCAUUAUAAAAGUGAUCUUAUGGAUGAAUAGCUUUCUAAGUACAAAGUACACACGCAAGAUUUUAUGUAAUAAUUAGAGUUACGCAAAUUCGGGUAAUAAUUUCAAGAUUUUAAUACGCAUCUCUAUCAUCCAUUAAUAUAAAAUUGUUGAAAAUUUUACAUUUACCAAAAAUACAAAACUAUGUUAUGGAAAGUUAAGCAUUUUCUUUUAAGAAUAAUGAUUAAACAAACGACAUAAAUUUUUAUUGCACAUGUGGAUGAUAAAAUGAAAACAAAGAUUACCCUUAAUUAAAGGGGCCUUUUCACAGAUUUUGGCAUAUUUUGAAGUUUGUCAUUUAAUGCUUUGUAUUGAUAAAUGUAAACAUUGGAUCUUAAAAGCUCCAGUAAAAAAUCAAGAAGAAAAUUAAAACAAGGAAAAAAAAGUAGCCGGUACCAGGGCUCGAACCAGUGACCCCCGGAGUCCUGGAGUUAGUCUGAAGUAAAAACGCAUUAGCCCUGUCGACUAUUCCGCCGACUAUACAUAGAAGAAGUAUUUUAUACGUUAUAUAAGCAAUCUUCGUAGUUUUGUA